AAGUGCUUUAGGGGGGAGCUUUGCCCAAGAGGGGUGUCUAUAUGAGCAGGGCUAUGGCGCGCGCGCCGCACUCUGCGAACUCGCUGGUGUACUGACUACUGUGUACCAGAUAACAAUGAGGUCAGUCGUGGUGCUGUUGGUGCUGGCGGCGGCGGCGGCGGCGGCGCCGCAGCGGGAGGGCGCGGCCUACAGCAAGGAGGCCAUCAAGCAGGCGCAGAGCACCUUCCUUAUCCCCAAGGAUGCUGUUAUACAGAAGGUACAAGAAGGCGUAGAGCUCGCAGCGUACGAGUCCAUCCCCGGCAACCAAAAGAUCAACUUGUUCGAGAUCCUCGGCGACCAGCUGCCGUCAGAAGUGAUCAACAACCUGCAGUCGCAGAUCGACCACGUGGGCCAACAGUAGGCCUUGUGCUUGUAGAUUGAUAAGAUAGAAUAUAGUUGGAACCCAGUAACUAAACUAUAAACCAUAGACAACGAAGAACGAGAAGAACUCUAACUAUUAUUAUAAAAAAAACAGACCCAAUAGUGGUUUUUGAAAAAUGAGCAAUCAAAUGAAACUGAUAACGUAAAUAAAAAAACAAAUUCUAAACAAAACUUAUUAAAGGUUUUAAAUAGUUAAUUUUACCUUUAUAGAUUAACUUGUUUAGAGAUAUGAAAAAUAAAAAAGCAAAGAUUUAUUAAAGAACACUUCCUUUUGAGUAAAAACUAAUAAUAAAUGUUUUCACUAAAAGACUAAUGUGUAAGACAUAUUGAUGCCUAAAAAACAAAUGUAAUGAAUGUUUUCAAUAAUAAUUAAUAAAAAAACAUAAUUAUGGGGUCUUCUGAGGGUCUUACAAAAUACCCUUUCAAAAACUAAGAUUGAAAACCUCAAUAUAAUAAAGAAGUUGGAAAUUAUAAAAUGUAAAUAAGUAAAUGAUCGUAUGUAGUUGCUGCAGAUGCACUCCCAAUAGUAUCGUUACUGGUUCCGACCGAGUUGUUUAAUGUUUAAUUUAUUCGUGUCGCAGUGAGCAGUGAGCAGUGAGCAGUGCAUGUGAUAUUGUAACAUCUUUUAUAUGUUUGUAGAUAAAGAUUUUAAUAAUAAAUGUUCGUAACCAA